UACUGUUGUUAAAAAAAGUUACAGACUCCCGUUGUAGAAUUACUUGCAUCAGGAAGCUAAUUCGAAAAAUCAAUUCUCCACGUCCGGAACGUAUCGAGUAAAGGCAACGAAGCGCCGUCACUUGGUUUUAAUCAUCGCACGCAGCCGCGAAUUCGGGAACCCGCGGGAACCAUGUCGAUCCUCGCUCGCGCGUCACUCGCGUGGUCGCACACCAUGGCACGAUGGCACAUAGUGCGCGCCAACGGGAACGGGAGCCCCUGGACUUCCGGGAUACCGCCAAUCGCCAACCGGGAUCCGUUGGCCACACGAGAUGGCGGGUGAACCGACAAGAACUCGACGACGCAGUCGGAAGUACGUACCCAUGAUGCAUCACCAAUUGUCAACAUGGCGGACAUGGUUGAAAGUGAAUCUGCAGAGGCACUGUUGUCCAUAAAAAAUGGCGGGUAUCCAUCUGUAGAUGAAAUUAAGACCGAAAUAAUGGAUGACGAUACGAUGGAUAUGGAUGAGCAACACAAUUUGAAUAACUCAAUGGAUCAACAAAUGGAUACAGAGGAGUCGGAACCGAUACCGGAACUGGGACCUGCAGCUUUGGGUCUGCAAAGAGUAGGUACUCAGCCACCCUCCAAGCCAAAUCCUCCAACGCAACCAGUACAGGUGUUGAAUCGCAGAGGGAUGCCAGCAAGAAUCAGGAAAAAGAACAAAUUAUUCUACGACGACGUCUUGAUCAAUCAUCCACACCACAGAAUUAAGAAAGAUCCUGCAGCUGUAGAAGCGAAACAAUCUCCCAAAAAAAUGAUGCGACCAUCCCCAGUAAAGAGGCAGGCCAAGAUUUCAAGUACACCAAAAAGUAUAAGUUUGUCUUCGCAACCAGCAACUCCUGUGACGACUCCGGUCAAACAGCAUAAGGAGCCCGAUAAGUUAGCGCAGCUUGCAUCGCCGGAUCGUAAAAUAGGACAGAAGAUUGGCAUGAGACUAAGAAAUCUGUUAAAGCUACCAAAGGCGCAUAAAUGGGUCUGUUAUGAGUGGUUUUACAGCAAUAUUGAUAAGAUAUUAUUUGAGGGCGACAAUGAUUUUAUGAUAUGUUUGAAAGAAUCGUUUCCGCAAUUGAAAACUCGUAAACUCACGCGUGUGGAAUGGUGUAAGAUUAGGAGGAUGAUGGGCAAACCGCGAAGAUGUUCGCAGUCGUUUUUUGAGGAGGAGAGACGCGAGCUAGAGAGGAAGAGACAGAAAAUACGGAUGCUGCAACAGAGGAAGACAGCGGACAUAAGCAGUUUCAAGGAUCUGCCACCGGAAAUUCCACUGCAAUUAGUAAUCGGUACGAAAGUAACUGCGAGAUUAAGGAAACCGCAGGAUGGUUUAUUCACUGGCAGUAUUGACGCCGUCGACACCAGCAAUAAUACCUACAGAAUUACGUUUGAGAGAGCUGGACUUGGGACACAUAGCGUUCCUGAUUAUGAAGUUUUGUCGAAUGAGCCACCGGAAACGAUCAGCUUGGCAUCAUUCUCACAGAAAUUCAGACCACGGCCUUUACAAUACGUACCUUCACCGCCGUAUAUGAUGAAAUUAUCUCCGCGAUUGACUAAUGACCCUCUGAUAUCCAACGCUUCUGCAUCCAUUCCGAAAAAGGCGAAUACUGGUGGUACAGUGAAUGGUUUUCCGUUGAAAUUGCUCGAACUUAUGGUUAAAGUAAACAAGAUAUUAACAACUAAGAAGAAUAAAAUUAAGAGAUUGAAAGAGAUGAACGGAGAAGCUGAAAAGAGACGUUCCUUGGGUGAAUCGCUCCCUCCUGACUUCGAAAAAAAAUACGCAGGAAUAAUUGUCGAGUUAGAGAGAAUGAAUCAAGCUCUCCAAGACUUUUUGAACGAAAUACAAGAAUUGUGUCAAGAAAUGGCGCCCGAACCUAGCGUAGCGGCGAUGUUAGCACCGUCCCACCUCCGAGAGAAGUGCAAACAAGAAGCGGCAGAUAUGGUCGCUAAACAUAACGCAAUGAAUGACAAAGCACCAGGAAAAAUGACUCAAUUGAUAACGGAUUUGACUGCGUUGAUGUUACAAGUGAAAAGCUUAUCAGAUUCCGAUCGAAAUGCGUACGAGCUCAAGGUGUUACAAGGUACUAUGGAGCAGAUAAGAUCGAAACUCAGCCCGCAGAAUCAGCAAGUAUUUCAAAACUGUGUAGAAAUUCACAUGCAGCGCAUUCAAGUAGGCCUAGGACAAAUGGGUCCUCUAACGCCAUUUAUGGCGCAAAGAGUUUGAAAAUGAGACAAAAACUAAUAGUAUAUAUUCUUACAAAAGUGUACAGUAUAAUACGAUCAUGGCAUCACGAUAUUUUUUAGAAAAAAAGACAAGAAACUAAUUCUGUAUUUUCUCAUCGUGUAUAGGUCAUAUUACUAAUAUAUUUAUAUAAAGUGCAUGUCUACACAAUAUGAUUUAAACAAUUAUAGUUUUGUAUAUACAGAAAAAAUAUUUGUUCUUCAAUUACUUUAAUAGUAUACUCAUGAUACACUUAGAGGAAAAUUCAUGUAUUGUUGGAUAAUAUUAUAUGUAUGGAAUAUAUUAAAUAUCUAAGAGUGUUCACUUUUCAGAUUUUUAUGCAUUGUAUGUAUCAUCCAAUUAGAUAUAAAUAUAAAUGACGAUUUAUAUUGCA